AUGGUCGAUAGUGGUGUCCCCCAGGGUUCAGUACUGGGACCCAUUUUGUUCCUUAUCUACGUGGACGAUGCCGCAAGAGAUUUGGACUGUGAAGUAGCAAUGUUUGCGGACGACAUGAAGAUAUGGAGUGUAAUUCGGGGUCCUGCCGAUGAAGACAGACUGCAGAUGAACCUGAAUCGGUUGGAGGAGUGGUCAAACCGGUGGCUCCUGCGGUUCAACGUUGCCAAAUGUAGCAUACUUCGCCUAGGCAACACAGCCAGAUCCGCCAGCACAAGAGGCUACUUUCUGGGUGGUGCAGCCCUACAAGAGGUCGAAGCCCAAAAGGACCUCGGUGUGCUUACGACGAGUUCCCUAAAACCAUCCGUCCACUGUUCGAGGGUGGCAAAAACCGCAAUGUCCGUACUGUAUGCCAUCAAGCGUGCGUUUAUGGACUUUGACGAAGAAGCUUUCUCUAAGACAUUCGGAACAUUCGUCCGGCCGCAUUUAGAGUACGGCAUACAAGCUUGGAGGCCGUGGGCUGUUGUGGAUCAAAACUACCUCGAAAGAGUCCAGAGGAGAGCCACGAAGAUGGUCAGGGGUCAAAGCUCCUUUCCUUAUGCGACCCACCUAGUAAAUCUGAACCUCUUUCCCUUGAGUUACAGGCAACUUCGCGGAGAUCUCUUGCAAGCCUUCCGCAUUGUAAAGGGGUUGGAUUGCAGUCUGGCCUUCGAGGACUUUUUUGAAUUUGCUACCACGACCAACCUCCGAGGUCACCCGUUAAAACUGCGCACUCAGCAGGCACGGCUGGAUGUGCGGAAGUUCUCCUUCUCGGUUCGGGUGGUCAAACCGUGGAAUGAGCUUCCCGCAGAUGUUGUGAUGUCACCAUCUAUGCAAAGUUUUAAGAAGAAUCUGGACAUAUUUAUGUUCCGAAAUGACCAAGAGCGAUGAGAAGUCGAGCUCACCCCCUGUAACUCCUUUUCAUUUUGUCCCACCAUUAUGGGCGUGUUGGAACUAUUUCAGCCCAGAACAUCUAUCUGUACACCACACAUUUUUUACGUUGCAAAUAGGGUACUCAAAGGCUUACGCCUAUUUCCCUCAAUAAACUGAACUGAACUGAACUGAACCUGUUAUAACAGAAUUAGAAAUGUGAUUUUUUUAAAACAAUAUAACUCCUUCUUCGUUUUGUUUUGCGGCUUUUUUCAGUUUAUUUGGUAAGGAUAAUAGGUAAAGCCUUUGAAAACCCUAUUGAUUACAUGUCAGCUCGUUAGAAUAACUGUACACAAACAAAAAAUGUUCACUAUUAAAGCAGUACUUGGUUCAUUUGAGUAGCAUUGUCUCAGAGAAAAUAUUUGUCUGGACCAGGGGUAUUAAUUCAGAUUCAGACUGUCGAGGGAAAACAGGGGACACAAAUAAUCAUCCAAGCGUUUCUUGAACAGUUGCAGGGAUGUAGCCUCCACGACUGACUGAGGGAGAUCGUUCCAUUUCUCCACUACCCUCUGCGUGAAAAAUUCAGAACGGAGAUUCAGCCCGGACAUUGUUGUCCGUAACUUCAUCGAGUGACCACGAAGAUUGGGUGAAAGGUGCCACUGAAACAUAUCCUCAAAUUUAGGUCCAUGCUCAAGGCCAUGUAUUAUCUUGUAGACGAGGAUAAGAUCACCUCUUUGCUGCCUGUAACACAGAGGGAAUAAAUUAAGGCAAUUCAGUCUGUCUGUGUAGGAUUGUCUUUUUAGACCGUUUACCGGCUUUGUUGCACGCCGUUGUACCCGUUCGAGGCAUUCUUGGUCCUUUACCAGCCAUGGCUGCCAUGCUUGUAUGCCAUAUUCUAAGUGGGGCCGAACAAAUGUGCCGUAAACUCUCCCAAAAAGGUCUUGGUCAAAAUUUACGAAAGCCCUUUUUAUUGCAUGCAGCACUCCCAUGGCGUUUUUUGCAGCCUUGUGGCACUGCAGUGUUGGUUUCAGGUUGUUGUGUAUCCAAACCCCGAGAUCCUUCUGUGAAGAUUCUGCGGGGAGCCUUAUAUCUUUCAGGUGAUAAGUCCUCAGACUCUCAUUUGAAGGAGAGUUGGUUGGACGCAGAUGAAGGACGGCACACUUCUCCACAUUGAAAUCUAGAAGCCAUUUCUUCGACCACGCUUGCAGUCGGUGCAGAUUAUCUUGAAGGGAUCUCUGAUCAUUCGGACCCUUAAUGACUUGCCAGAGCUUAACGUCGUCUGCAAACAUUAUUUUGCCGCAGUCGAGUUCCUGAAGGCUUACACUGCCCCGUCGUCGCAUCCCUUUCUGCUGCUGUCUGAUCCUAGGGACGGCGAGAUUCAAGGUUGAUAAAUAUUCUAGAUAUCCAUCAGCAGUCAAGAUACUGACGCUUGGCUUAGGGAAGAUAACAUUGUCCGUCAGUCAGAUGUUCGAUAGGGCAAGUUCUAUCGGUGCUUGGACCUCCCCCCCCCUGAGGAUUCGAUCCUGCGGGACGUCCACAUAGUUAGUGUGGCAGUAGACUUCGGUAAAUCUCUCAGAUCACAGCUGGUGUUUCAGUCCCUUUGUAACGAAAGCAUUUCCGCAUUCUCGAACAAUGGGCAUGGAAAGUGAGAAUGAAAUCGCGACUUAUAUUACUCACUACUCACUUAAGCGUGAAUGUGGAGUCCAUACUGACGGCAGCAAUAAGGUCAUGGUUUCAUCCCGAUAAACAAAGGGUUGAAGACUUCAGACUGGUCUCACUCUCCACUACUCCACUGAAGAAUACAGUGGAUCUAAUGUCUGUGUACCAUUGCAAUUAUCAGGCAACCGCCACUUCCUCUGGGCAGGAAGGGCAAUGAGACCCGCCAGCCUAACUUUGUGAUGGGUAUUGAGGCGGGAAGCGACGGGUCCGCGCACAACGAAACAUUAACAUACAUAGCCUGUUGAAGCACGCACCAUAUGUUCCCCAUAGGCGAAUUGCUUUUCCCUUGUCUAUAAAGGAAUCAUAUAUCAUUUUUUACCAUGGUUUCACUAGAGAAGAACUGCCUACCAUCAAAAGACAGACGACCCAUGUCCUGCAAAAACUUAAGACGUGACAUUUGUCACAAUGGGGAAAAAGAAAGUCUGGAUAUUUUGUGGAGAAUUUUCCGUAAAAACCGCAAAAUUAUCUAAUAUGAUCCCAUGAUACACGAUCGGUAAUUAAGGAGAAAAGGAGCUCGCCUGCUUACUCCACGCAGCAGUAUUUUCGGUCGGCAGUCCCGUCGUAAUCCUGCUGAACACGCCUACCGCAAAUCAAACAGACACUUAUAAAUAAAAGAAAUUGAUCGUUUCCUUAAAAUUUCUGACUGAUACUGUGGUCUUCUUACAAAAGCGUCACAAAAUGUACGCGUUUGCACUUGACGCAGGUAGUUUAACCUUUAGUUUAUAUUAUGGUUAAGUAAUUUCCCCCCUCCAGAUUUCCGUUCUCACCACUGUCCUGAUUCAACCUUUCCCCAUUUAAAGUUCGAAAUACGUAAUAGGGAGGACUUUGUACGUUCAACUACGUACUCCACUAAGAAAGGUCCAGUAGGGUUUACUGAAAGAAGGUCAACUGCACAGAUUACAAGGGUAUGAUAGUAAUACUUGAAGUGUAGACUUCGCACUCGAAAGGGUCACCUGCGGAUAUUGUAGGAGAGGAGAAUACAACAGACUUGAAAAAACUCAUUUAGCAAGCAUAGCACCCAUGUUUGUCAGUCGACUAGCUUCACAAAAAACGGCAGAAAACCGUUUUCUGCUUGUUAGGCCCUUCUCAGAAAUCCCGCAUUAAAAACCAUCAUAUGCAAGCGAUGAGAACAUAUGGUAAGGCAGUAUACACUGAAAUGUUUAAUGGAAUGUCGGUUAGUGCACGAAGACUUUCGAUAUUUCCAUCCCCAGGGCUACACUCGUAUGGCAACCAUUUUUAUCUUCAUGCGCACUUUGAAGCAAGUGGAGCGAGAUUCAUCUCUUUGCAACCAAACCGCGAUAUCAUUGGACUAAUCGCUUGGGAAAUCUAAAACAGAUUUUGGUUAUUACCGAACACUGGCGUUGGUCUAUGAGUUUAAGCACAACAGUUGCGGGAGCGUUGAUAAUACAGGGCAUCAAUAAUCUACAGUACACUGUUCGUCAAAUCAAAAUCAAUAGGGUUUUCAAAGGCUUUGCCUAUUAUCCUUACCAAAUAAACUGAAUAAACUGAACUGAAAUUCAGCAUAAUCCCAUAUAUAUGCAAGGAGGGCAGGCAGAGCCUUAAAAAACCCUAUUUACAGCUAUGUGAAUGAAAAGCAUUCACAUAUUUACCUACCAGUUAUGCCAGCCAUUAAUAUUGAGCGAGUAUUCAAACAUGAAGCAUAAAUUUAUCAAGCCUCUUUUGAACGUCUCAGCGUAUUCCGCCAGGGCAACGGAGUUCGACAAAUCAUUCCACCCCUUAACCAGUAGAUGGGAGAACAAUUUGGCUGGUACUUAGAGUUCGACGUACAUUAUCUUCAAUCCGUAUUGUUGGCCUCGAAGAUUGGUUGUUCGUGCCAGUUCGGAGAAAUUAUCAAGUUUCUGCCACUAUAUCUGAUCAUGGGUUCAAGUAAGGAUCCGAAGCGUCAGGCGAAUAAGGCGUUUGUUCCAGAAACCACUUCUUCUUCUUCUUAUCAAUAAUUGCAUUUAAUACCAGUCAGUGGGCGUUGUCCGGGAAAUACUAAACACAAAUCCGACCAACAGUGAAAAUUACCUCCUGAAAAAUACGUCGGAACUGUGCGACCGCCCCCUUACAGCUGGCCAGAUAGACUGACAACCAACAACUAGAGCAAACCGAAAUUUACCCAACAGGAAAAUAAUUUCAAGGUCAGGCCGAUAUCAAAGUUCUUCAAUUGCCAUGAAGGACAUAUUAUUCAUGCCCCCGAAAACUACCAAACUGCAAACUUCAAUUUUAUAUUGUACAUAUCGUUAUUUUUUGAAACUUUUGUUAUUAUUUUCCCUUAGAACUGAGGUUUUUUUUAACUUAAAACAAACUCUCAAUUCGCGCUCUUUUGGCUAACCAGACACCCGAAGCAAAUGAAGUCAAAGUGCAGUUGAAAUUGACGAGUUUGUUUUAGGUUUUUUUCCUGAGUUCAAAGGGGACUGACAGUGCCCAAGGGGCGCUACAAUAAACCUAUUCUAUUCUAUUCUAACAGGAAUAAAAAAUAGAGUUGAUGGUGAUUUUCCAUAGUUUAGAGGGUUCAGGAGAAAAAAACUGCUGCCCAUGAAAUGACGACAGUCGAGAAAGGGAGGGGUAGCACUGCAUCGGAUAAUUUUAGUCGCCAUUUCUCUUCGUUAAUUUGGGACCAGUCCAAACAGAAGCACUGAAGAACAGCUGUCGCUGUUGGCUAAAGAAAAGGCCGCUGGUGAGACCGGUCAUAGGGAACGGAGACCACGAACACCAUCGCUACGGUACAUUCGAUCGGUGGAUUCAGCAACCCAAAUUUGUGGGAGUUUUUCUGAAUGCAAAAAACGAGUAAUAGCUCUCUUAAACGAAGGAUACUUCUGAAGAAUUUUCCCCUUUCUGGGUAAUUGAUUCCAAAUAGUAGUUGUGUUCACAGAAAAGAAUCGACGAUAUUUAACGGUUCGUGGCAGAGGAAGAAAUAAAAAGAUCUCAUGGCGACUGUUAUGUUGGGGAUGGAUAAGAUGUUUUAAAGUAGUGAGUGGGUUAAGUAUGAGAUUAUACAAAAGCUUAGAUGAUAAAAAAUAAUCCCUUUGAAAUCUACGAAAGCACGAGGGAUUAAGGCCUGUAAACCGCUACGAAAAUGUCCUGUGUUCCAUGGUUGAAACUCUCUUCGUGAAAUAUUUUUGGACGGACUCUAUUUUCUUUCUCUCAGCAGCAUGUAUGAGGCCACGUAGGACGAACAAUACUCCAGGCCAGGUCUAACGUGCAUGCUAUAAAUGCACAUUCUAAUUUCGGGGGUAAGUCCGGUCGUUCUAGUGCUUUACAGACUGUCAUGACGCAGUGUUCCGAAAGAUUAAGAUUCUUGAGGUAUUAUUCACCCGGAUCCUUAAUAACCCCAGGCAAAUAUAUGUCCUGACAUUCAAUACUUAGUUCAGGUUACAUCGUUAACAAAAAGGCAAAAUAAUAGAGGGCCAAGUACACCACCCUUAAUGACUCCACUCCUCACAUAUGGGGGGUUGGAGAUAGCAUUGGAAAUCUUAACCCGUUGUUUGUGAUCACCCAGGUAAGAGGAUAUAAAAUUCAGAAGUUCAUCACCCUUUCCGAAGGAGGAAAGUUUGAAGAGAAGAAGUGUAUGGUCAACACGAUCAAAAGCCUUGGUGAAAUUGAAAUGGACUGUGUAAAGUGCAAAACUAUUGUCACUAGGUUGGAGAAAAUGAUCAAAGAAAGCGAGUUCACAGGUGUCACGAGACCGAGCUUUGAGGAAUCCCCUCUGUGCAGCGCUUAGCAGGUUAUCCUCUUUUAAACGACACGUCAUCUUAUCUUUGAUCUGUUUCCCUAAGAUUUUCGAAACUGUGGUGAGGGUGUUUAUUGGCCGAAAGUCAUCAAGUGACGUAAGUUGGCCAUGAUUGGGAAUAGGCAAAAUGAGUGAUUCCUUCCACAAAGUGGGACAGGUUUCACUUUCAAUAGCGAGAUUCCAUAUCUUGCCUAAGAGGGAAAGGAAAAUUAUAUUAGCACUGGGACACCAUCGGGUCACGGGCUAGGAGAUUGACGAAACCACCGAAUCGCUACAGUCACGAUCAACAGAGUGACAUUUGUAGUUUCGAGAACUGCCCCGGUCAAUGCCUGAAAAGUCAUAGGGGGAACGGUCGAGUUUUUAAUAAACGUUUUGGACAGGAAAGCAUUGAAACUAGCUUACUACAAUUACGACUAAGGCGCGCUCUGGCCGUCUGUGUUCGAGGAUACAAAGAGAGCAGACGCGGGUUCUGCUUGCCAAGAUGCUUUCAACCAGAUUUCUUUCAAGAAAAGCGUCGACAUCGAUCGCAUCGUAAUGUGGACGAUGAAUUAACGGCUUCAGAAACUUCAGAAAAGUGUCGACAUCGAUCGCAUCGUAAUCUGGACGAUAAAUUAACGGCUUGUUGUUCGUGAGCAAUUAGACGUCCUUUUCGGAUGCAGUUUUCUGGAUGACAACGGGUGCCUGACGGGCAUCUCACACGCAUCAAACUGCUAUACAGACAAAAUGGAGAAGUGGUAAGUGCAUAUAAACAGGGUCAUCAAGGGCUCUGCCUCUAACACUUCAAAUACGUACAUACAUACCUUUGAAGGAGGGACCUCUUCUGUACCUGUGAUGGGUGAUGUGGGAGUAGUUCCUGUAUGAUGUAUUGACUGAUAACGAAAUGCGUGCCUACGGGGUCUGGUUUGCGGCACUUUACUGCUGAUUUACAUGCGUGCGCAUGUGGUUGUGCAAGCUCAUGCGUUGACUGAAUGCGCAUGGUCAGUGCGGGCACUGUUAGCGGGGACAACGGACUUGGUUUGGCGUUUCUGGCACUGGUUCGCAAGGCUUCGUCCUAGGAAUUACCAAGUUAUCGGAUCGGCGAAUGCGUGAUGUGAGGGUUCGAUCGCAAUGAGAACUGGUUGGAAUUCAGUCCUAAAUGCGGGUGGUUGGGGUCGUAGUGGUGACUGACGGCGAGUCAGGAGUUUUCUCACCGAAGGAAGGAAUGGGGAGGCGUGGUAGCCGUCGUCAAUGCUGUCAUGGGGCUUGCGACCGAAUCAAUAGAGAUGGUGGGUGUGACCGACCACUCCGGCAUCGACAGCGAUAGGGGGCAACAGCAGUGUAAUAGUCGGAAAGCACGAUGGCUUUUCGAGAGACGUCCGUGUUCCAGAUGACCGUUAAGAAGACUGAUAAGGGCGGGAGCAGAGACAUAUCCCUGUGGUUAACACAGAGUCGCCGGUUCCUAUUCAACAUGUAGAAAUAGACGAUUGCAACGUCUUUGAAAUUCUGGAGAACUCGUCCUUAUUGUCACUUCUCUUGGAAUAGCGGUUGUAGGUUUUUCUUUGGCCGAGGGAGGCAACGGUUUAAUAGUUUAACCCAUGUUUCGUCCGAUCGCGGCGCAUUCCUGCCAGUUGGCCGUUUCACGGUUUUCAUUGUUUCUAGAAAAGAAGGCAGAUAGUAAGUGUGGGUAUUGGCUUCCACUUGGGAAAGCCGAUCGAUGGCAGCGCCAGAUAUGGUGGGUGGACAGUCGAAAACGGUUUUGCAGUAUUCAGCCCAACGUCUCAUAAUCUUGCGAUUUAUCCAUGGUAAUCGCUGGUUUGUUGGAGCUGAGCAUCGGUGAAAUUCGUUUGAUCCAGGGGCCCGUAGACGCCCCUAGCGGAGACAAAUGAGCCUCUUAUAAAUUCUCUUAUCCUUGUAUUUCCCUGGUCUUAACAUCCUUUUGGGUUUUACUAAUAAUUAUGAUUGCAUUUAAUGCCAUUUUAUAGGCAAUGUCAGGCAAAGUUUAAACAAAAAUCCGGCCAGUUGUGAAAAAACUCCUGCUCCCCCCGCAGUCUACGUUGUAUCACUAGACGAAAUCUGUUUGCGUCAAAGCAGCAGUUAAUAUAUUCCUUGACUAGCCUAUGCUUUAGGUGACUACGCUGCCGAUUUAUACGUUGUUAUGAAGCCAUUCCUGGUUUUGACGAACGAGGACCCCAAGGGCAAUAGAGUGGAUGGUGUCCCCAGCUGAUAGCAUUGUAUAUAUGUAUAUAUAUGCCUCAACGAGGGUGCAGUCGCCAAGAUUCUGAAGCUCUUUCAGAUGCUGGGUUGGUUUAUUGCUGAAAUCUAAACGUCGACCAGACGCAUUCAGCAGAAUGGUGAUUAGCUUAACUGGUGGUUGCUUACCUUGAGGCCUCAUGCGGAGUUAAAGUUGAAGCUUCGUCUUGGGGAUGACGAAGCGGUAACCCACCCAACCGUUGACGUCGCAGAUUAUUUUUGGGACCAGGGCGUCCUGUCAGUCUCUUCCACGGACAAGAGCCAGUCUGUCAGGUGCCAGCGCCACGAACAGUGGUGCAUCAUUGUUGCCUUAUUCAUAGUCGGAAAGAGAAAGGAGAUGUUGGCGGAAAGGUGAUGAUGCUCUGCGCAGGUUCACAGGAAGAGGAGUUCGUUAUCUUGGCAAGAGCCUAUUCCGUGGGAUCCUAGCAGCCCCUCCCAGGCAGCUUGACCAGCUGUGACGCGGCCAUUGAAGUCACCAAGUGCAGUCAGCUUGUCCGUCUUCGGCACCGUCAGCUGAGAUGUGUGUAGGAUUCUGUAGAACUUGUUCCUCACCUUGUCUGAUUUGGUCAUUGGAGGUCGUAGGCGCUAAAGGUGGUGGCGUGUUGGUUCAGCCGGAAAGGCAGGCUUGGAACCGAUGGACGACAAUUGAUACUCUGAAGCCGACAUGGCAAUCGUUCUGCGAUGUCGUUCCGGAUGAUAAGGGCAACGUCAGCUUCUCGUCGCCCUGCCUCUGGCGGAGGCUGCAGAAAAAGGUGUAGCCGGAUAUUGAGUGACAAGAUCCUUAAUCUCCAAAUGGAAACGGGCAGUCCUGAUUGAAAGAAUGAGCAAAAGCCUUAUUGCAGUCUGUAGCGUUAGAAGGUGGGAAUGGAGACGUGGGUUGAUGCAUUUUCGACCGAGGGCUUUUCAUAUUCAAGCCAGUGUAUGCUUGCAGCCAUAUUCUUUGAGCAUAAACUUAUCAGACUUUCCGUGUUUGCUUAGUCCCUAAUGUUUAUUCUCUCGACUACAUAAUUGCCCAAAAUAUGCAAGGCAUAUGCCAUAUUCAAUCUUUAAUUGGGGUCCCCAGUCCAGCGUUAGUAACAGCAUGGACAUGUAUAAGACACUGCCUCAGAACAUGACUUUUGAUGGUAUGGUUUGCGAUAAAACCUUCGUUUCCCUCCUGGCUACCCAGUUUCUCAGCUCUGCUCAGCGCAAACUCUUGCCUAAAAAACCAAUGGAACUUGUUACUUCUCAUGAGCAGUCAGGCGUACGUAAGUAUUCCUAUACAUUUACGAUUUUGUGAUUCAGAAUUCAUUUUCGAAGGAUACCGCAGAGUUGUGAAUUGAAAUGACUAGUUCAUGUAAGUCUGUUUUCCUGAAAUGAAGCCAGAGUUGGUGGUUGGAAUUUUCUCCAUCCAAGUUAAACUUAACAUGUUUUGGCCCACUAAACUGUUGAGACACGAUAUUCGUAAAUGUCAGAGUUCCCAAAUCACAAACUGAAUAAAACCGAGUUUGAAAUAACUUUACUGCGGUGAGGGAGCGUACACCUGUCGGAAGUGGUGUGGUUGACAAGACAAAGAUUCCCAAUCAUAAGUCAGGGAAGACGGAAUGAAUUGGACAAGCUUUACUAAAAUGAAGAGCACACAAAGGCCCUGCAAGCAGUCGCCACAAGCUCUCGCUCGAUGUCGAUAUUGUUCGGCCCUGCGCGCUUCUGUUCUGUCUCUUAAAAGUCACGUCCACAAGGCCGCCGUCCCAUGUAUGCGCGUAGUUCUUGUCGUCACCCACUGAUAUAAUAUGUGCACCUGUAACCAAUCAGUGAAGUAGUUGCGUUGAUUGGCUUUAAGACUACAGGAGGGUAGUGACAAGCGUCGUAUGGUAUGGGCAGUAAAUCCAUCAAGGGCGUAAUGCGGACAGAAGGCCGGCCACAUAAGUCGGCAAUCAAGAGUACGAACAGCCACAUACCCUGCACAUCAAGACACGACAGCGAGCGUUCUCACCAGGUGCCUGAUGGCCGAAGUGCACGCGUCUGAGCUUCUUCCGGCUAUGACCAACGGUGAGGAGAAAAGUACCGAUCGGCAUCACGGUGUCAUAGAGGUUAAAACUGAGUCACAUGCGCACACGCAGAGGUUGAUAGAUGUGUUAGGCAUACUGAAGGCGACAUGGGCAAACUGCAACGCAGACGACCGUGGGUGUUCAUUAGCGAAACCACUCGUUAAUGCGAUCUUUCCAAGAAGUCAACACUGAGGAAUGUUCUACUAUCGAGAACCCACGUCUAUUUUUUGAAAAAGGUAAAUUUAUCCGCCAGUGAAGAUCGCCCUUUCUCUGACUCUGUCCAGAGGUGUGUUUUUACAUCAACUAACAUUCCCCUGACAGCAUUAAGGCCUUAAGUAUACUUCGCGUUCUGUUUUCGAGUUUCAAAAGGCCGUUGUCCUCCCUUUCAUCUGAUGAAUGACAGUGAUCAAAUUAAAAUUGAGAAUCUUCAGUUUCCUACUCGAGACUCUCCUUCCCCGCCGCGACUGCUCCCGCAUGCAUUUUCCAGGUAACUCACGUGAUUUUUAAGUCAGAGGCAUACUCCAGCAUACUAUUUCGCGUACUUGGCAAUGAAGUCCAGACUUCAAAUGAAACGGUGCGUCCUUCACCUUCCUAUUUAAUCUGUCGUAUUACCAGUGGAAUCCCAUCACAACUGCUCAUGUAGGACAGAUGAUUUCGUCUAGUUUUCAGUGUCACCUCGACCAUAAUUCACAGCAACAUCCACUAUACAGCCUCUCUGUCCUAAUUCAGCUACCUUAUAGUAGUGCUCAACCUUCCCUUCUGUCUUCACCCCCUCCAAAUUGUACAUCUCCACAUAUACUCCAACCGGAGGAUCUCAAUAACCACAACCCUUUUAAAAAGUCGGACGGGAGCCUCCGACUCCCAUUUUCCACAAAAAGUGUGCCUCUUCAAGCCGCCGUCCUACUUCUGACGGGAUCAUCUGGUUUUAUCCAUUUGAGACGGUCAAAUGGACCACAAAUUUGAUUAUACUUUGAAGGCAGCGUGAUUCACUGUCAAUGCGUUUUUGUGGUAUUUCAGUUUUUUGAAAAAUUUGAUAAUGCAUUGGUAAAACAUUCUCGCUCACACACAGUAACAUGUUCGGACUAUUGAUCGCCGGCAUUGGUGACUACUGACAAAUAAGGUAUGAUAUUGCUCGGGAAAAGUGCGGAACCCGCAUAUCGACAACGGAGACGGAGAGGAGACGGCCGGUCUAGGUUAUUGUCCGUUCAACAACUUGGAGUCACGAAUAAAGCAGAGAAAAAUGCGAUUUUGUUGCAGAAAAAGUGAUCUGAGGAAGCACUUAAGGAAGUGGGUAAACGGAAAGUUCAGGUCAGAUUUUACUAGACCGAAAUGCAGACGGAAGGGACAAAGCCGGAGGUGCGUAUUGGUCAUUCUGGGAUUACCGCUUGUAGUAUUCUGCUCUUGUUUAUCCCGUCAUCUGGAGUAACUUUUUCUUACUAUAGACAGAAAUAGAAGUAGCGCUAAAUGGCAUUAGUCUAUUGAGAUACGCAACAAGAUAUUUUUAAUAUUAGAUACCCAAAUCUUGCUCCGAGGCCCAAGGACUUUAGCAGUUACGAGCCAAGGAGGGUGAGGUUGGGGGCUGCCACCGCGGAGGGAAUAGGUCCAAUUUGCACUCGCGCUAAAACGAUACGCAGCACACACACGUUAGCCUUCCCGCAAGCCAACGCACUACGUACUUCUCGUUUUAGAGAGACUGGUCUGAGUUCUGUUCGCCCGUUACAGUACCGGCCAGCCUGACGGGGAUUUUAUCCGAAACACGGUGAGAGAAGAGACUUCCUCGGGAAUCCUGAAUGCGGUCCGUGCAACGUAUGGGGAGUGUAGAUGAUUGACUCUCGUUCCAUUUCCUGUAAACUCCGGCUUAACGUUCACCCUCUUUCCAGAAUGAGGGCACUGACCGUAGAGUUCUACCACUAGUACCUUCCUACGACCCUCUCCCGUAGUUUUUGAUGUUGCUACACCCCACCAGUUGUCUCUCAAUUAUGUUGGUACCACCCCAAUUUGACCACACGUAACUUUAUUCCAUUCCCUUACCUCUGAGUACUAUUUUACACCCAGACUUGUUUCCUUGAUAUAGCUAUCUGAAACGGAAUACGGACAGGGCAGAAAGAGAAUUUAACCUAAUAUACGCAAAUAUUCGGGGUCCAGAUAUGUUUUUGUGUUCAUCAUAGUUCCAGGAAGACAUUGGCCUUAAUGGGGUUUUAUGGUUACCUUACCCCACGCUACAUGAAGUGUUAGCUCUGAGCCAUUCUGACUGGCAAGACUCCAUAUGCAUGCUUGAGAUCCCACGUUACCCAGGUUGACCGUUUGAAUUGUUCAUAAACAAGACUAUUCUUAGGUCUUUACUGGUUCACCUUUACGGUAACUGCUAAACAGAUGGUUCUUAACAUCCAUCACUUUCGUAUGGAUAAAGUUUAAGUAUUAGGCUAGACACGUGGUCAAAUGUGUACCCGUAAAGCUUCUGUCAGGUUUAGUGCAUAGAUUUGACUGAUUCCGCAGCGACCAGUGAUUAUAUCAUAACAUGCGAAAAUCGGCUACACUCCAAGCGAGCUCUCUUGUUGAUUUUGGGGCACUCAAUUACCCAAUGCUUUCAGAGCAUUCAACUGUGCUACGAAAGCUUGCAAGAAACUCUGGGUUAUUCGCAGGUCUUAGUUUAUACAACUUCUCCAUGACAUCUAGAUUUAGGGGAGAUCGCUCUAAAGUCACCCACUAUCACCCGGCACUGAGAAGCUUAAAAGCCGGGACACCGCAACUAACUCGUCCUUUUCCUUCUCUGGCUCAUCCAAACCAGCAAGAGUCAGUGAAAUCGUUUAUUUCUGGAAUGUAGCAAGUCCAGUCAUCUUCCUGAGAUUGACCGUGGAGACUGUUCUAGGAAUGCCAUUUAGGUUCGCCAUUCCAUGCGAUUUUGCCUGCUUUUACAGUUCUCAUGCACAUCUACCGGAAAGUGUCGACGAUUUAAUUCAUACGGUCCUAUACAACGUCAAACCGUAGGCGUUCACUUUUCUUUUAUCUGUUUACUUUCUACGAUUUUUUACCCAGCCAGGUUCCUCUAUAGAGGUCAGGUAAAUAACUUUGAAUUUUAACUACUAAACUUCAGAGAUGUCGCUCCGAAAGUUGUCUGGAUGUUUGCGCCUUUACUCUGGUGUGGCCUACGAACCGAGCUUUUUCUCUCGCAGAUGCUUCACUACUCUUCAUCCCUCCACUUUGGCUGCUUGCGUUUACCCUCGCCAGACAAGCGUCCUAGCUGUACCAUUACAGUUCACCUAUCCGCUGGAACUGCCUGUUCGAUUAAAGAGCAAAGGCCAGUCCAAAGUAAAGCAUGAGAGUGCGCCAGGUAAGGAGACUCCUUCACCUGUCUGUCUACCUUACGUUUAGUCAAGGCCGAGAACUUGUCUGAGGAUAUACGUUCCACUUUACACGAGGCUGAAAUGGAGAAAGACUUUGCCAGGAUUCUUGAUCGAUUUCAGGACGACCUGUUUUUGAAACUCUGUCUUAAGCUUACACCGGAGCACUUUUUCAACCUACCUGUAAGUCUCCUCUAACCCCCUGGACGCCCAGUUUGGUUUGUUUUGGUUACGUUGCCUUCGUAAUGUACAGUUAUUACUGUCGUGCCGAUCGGUAAUGUUAGGAUUGCAAGCUUAGGAAGAGCAUAGGUCUCAUUGUAAAUGUGCGCAUUUCCGACUGGACGCAAAAGCUAGUUUGACUUCGCAUGCACUGCAGGAGUUCAGCCUUCACGGAUUGCCGCGCACACGGUAAAUGGAGUAACGCCAGAGGGGCUGUCGACAGAGAUGCAGAUAGACUGGUACGGCACUGUUUCGGGCACUUCAUGACUUCGUCAGCCAUCCGAAACCCCGAUCACAACCUGGGACCAAAAACACAAUCACUACACAGGUGGCUCCGCAGAUGACGUCUACCAGAUGGGUUUUCGGGCAUUUCGCGGUCUAAUUGUGCCCAGGGCCCCAAAGCAGAGUCCUCUCAGGCGGUGGCACUGCGAUUAGUAGUGUAUUCAGAGCUGAAGCCCCAAAGCACAACGGGACGAGGUUAUUCCGCAAUCCGACCGGCAAAUGCACAUAUAACCUGGUUAGUAUUCUCGACCGCCAUCGACAGAACAACAAGUCCGUGGCUCGAUUGGAGUGUUGAACUUGAUAACGCUUGGUGCUCAAGAAAUAGGGAUUCAGGACACGAGGCAAGGAACCUGGGGUUGGGUCGGUCUGACCGACGACGGCCAAUAAACUGCAAAUGGCCACCCAAGUCUCCAAGUGUCAGUAAUGCCAUUCUGCCCGUACUACUAGCCACUGUGCGGUUGCUGGCGUGACUCCGGAUUAAGCCCCAAGACACAACGGGACGAGUGUGUCUCGUAGUGCGGUCGGUAAGCGCCAUUCAGCCGUUGUUAAUAUAUACAGUAGAGGUGCUGUCCCAUGAAAUGCCAGCUGCAAUUCCAAAACGUGAUUCGAAAAGAUUACUUGAGUAGGGUUACAAUAUUAGCUGUAAUGUAAGAGAAUCCUAAGAUAACUCGGUCACGCCAGGCUGCCGGUUUCCGAAUGAGAUGCUUUUCGUCCGUCUCCAAAAUUUACACUGUAAAAAAUGGCUACUUAAAAAGGUAUGCAUUUUCCCGUUGAUUUUCAAUGAACUUAUAAAUUGAAAUAUAUUUUAUAGAAAAAGUACACAAAAUAUUCUCUCGUGCUCACAUAGUAGCAAAUUACUUCUUGUUUAAAUGUUCUGCUUGAAGAGAGAGUACCUUUCUGUUUUUAAAGACUCUUGAUUCCCAAAUAUUUUUGCCCCACAUGUCGCUAUAUUUACAUUUAGAAACCGCAUAGGGAACGCUGGGGGACCUACUGAUGAGCCGAGCCCUCCGCAGCUGUGUCACGCAGCGGCAGAAUAUCGGCGAAACACGUGUCUGGGCUUUUAGUUAGUACAUAUGUCGGGAGUACGGUAUAAUACGUUUGAUAUGUACGUUUCAUACUACUCAUAGUGCCACUUGUUUACAGAAUGGGCAUUACGUGGCUACUCCACAUUAGUCGAUUGUCUUCGACUCAAAUGUUCAUUGAAAUUUCUUCUCUGACCCUGAAAAUUCAUGUCCCGGAGACUUAACUCCACGUCCUGCACUGAGUAGUUUCUGAAACUGACAGGACAAAGGGCCCGUGGCCCAGUGGAUAGAGGCGUUGGGCUCCUAACGAGCCACGAGCCCGUUGCCCUGUCGGUUUUCGAUCGGGAAUAUACAAUGUUAGUGGGCAGCCAGCCGUCGGCAGCCAGCCAUACGCAACCCCAAAGUGUGGAACACCUUGGGCUCGAUCCCGCCCCUAACCACUGAGCCGCGGGCUCGUCCUCUCGGUUGCGACUGGGUACAUACAGCGUUAAAAGAGCGCUCACCGGUCGUGUUACGGAACUCACUCUUGAGUCUGACACUUCAUAAGACAAGUUUUCGUCGUCAGACUUGAGUGCUGUGUCGCGUUUUACGCUAUCGAAGGUGUGAUGGUCGCUCUAACGCGCCGUUAGGUGCAGGGUAAUUUCUGCAAUCUCAGCAGUGUGAGUGGAGUGUUAUGGCACCAUUAAACUCGACGAAGUGUUUGGGGAAACAUGGUCAUGCCAUGUUCCCUUUUGUCGCCGGCUGCACUGAAAUAUGUAGAAAUCCGGAACGUACCCAGUCGACAGCCAAGUCACAAGUUUCCAGUCUGUAUAGCGCCUGGUACUAGCCCAAACCGCAUUCAUGCUCUUGUAGAUUCCUGGAGAGCGGGUUCGUUUAGGAGAAGUGGCGAGCAUUGUUUCACAGAAUGCGCGAUCUUCAACCGGUCAACAUCCUUCAUCGCAAAUACUCGUAGACCUCAGUGGUCGACCUGAACUGUUUGCAGUGGCACGGUCAGCGGUGGCCAAAUUCCUUGCUGACAGUGGGUCCCAGACCAAGCGUCGAAAUGCCUCAGCAUCCGCGGUCAAUAACGACAAUGAUCUCAUUCAAAGUGCUGGACCGACGCAGUUCACUGUGCAGGUUCGUUCAGUAGUGACGGGUGAAGUACGGUCCGACCUAAUCAAACAAGGUACGUACUUUCAUCCGCAAGUAAGCUUCCUUUCUUACCAAUCUGUACCCUGGCUUUCCACUAGUCCUGCCUGGUAGUCUCUUGGGUAGGGGAUGAAAAUAAGUACCUCUAUAUACUAUAUUCCUAUAGAGAGUCUAUUUAUUUGAUUUAGGUAGCACUGUCGUCUGGGGGAUAUGAGCACUGCGGUCAACCAUUCAAGACUCCGUGAAUCCAACCGGUGGGAGACACGCAAACGCCAUAUAAGGCUGUUGGAGUCGCCUGAAGCGUAAACUGUGGAAAAAAGACCUAGUAUACGGAGAAGCAGUAUGGGCUCACUUAGACAAAGUGCUGUGCCAUUCAUGGUUCGACAUAAAACAACACAAACUGUGCGAGGUCUGACUGAAUUUUAUCCCAUGGGAGCAGACUGCAUCAACAGCGCACCAUCUGUGUAAUGCAGUAUAAAUAACAGACAGAAGAAUUAGGUGUACCUGAUUGUGAAAGCAGACCUCUCACCUUAAGGAAUGCAGCGUAUGAUUGGUUAUCGCCGAUUUACGCCGGCUGUGUUUGCUUCUGCAAUGAAAGCAGGAUGCAGCUGAUUUACGUGUGUCAAGAAGUUUUCCCGCAUCUGGCGUAGCUUGUAAAGUUUUAUGUCAAACCAUUAUCGAUACCGCAUUUCCUAUGCAAUGGAUGAGCUAUCUCAUAAUCAAGUGAUACUUCGGUCACUUCAGGAUGCUGGGUUUUGAAUGCGCUUCUUUCUGGCCGUUUGCAAGAACUACAUGGUAGAGAUGGCUGUCUAAGUAGUAUGCAUUUUUCCCAUUGAUUUUCAAUGCGCUUAUAAAUGCAAGCAUAUUUUAUAGAAAACAUGCGUAAAACCAUUCUUUCUCGUGCUUAUUUGGUAGCAAAUCACUUCCUCUUCAAGUUUUAUGCUUGAGGAAGGGGUAUUUUUUCGCCUUUGUGUUUCUGAUUAAAAGACUUCUUAAGACCGUGAAAUAUCUAUUCGUGAAGCAUCGUAUCCAUCCAUUUAUUAAUGUUACAUGUAAAGUAAACAAAAUGGUCCACAUCCAUUUCAUUUUACGAGUCUCAUAUGACGACCUCUUUGUAGCACAUAUGUAGAUGUGUGAUUUUCCUUACGAGGAAGAUAUACGACUUAUGGUUUGGAAACCGCGAAUACAAGUACGAAGGCCAGUCAGGUUCAAAAUUAUUUGUCGGUUGAGAAGGUUUUUGAAAGCUCGUCGGAAACAUAUAAGAUAUAGGCAAACGUAGCAGGGAUCAAACUGGUCGACUGCACAGCAAUCAGGCAGGAAAAAAAAGUACUGUUAACAACAGUGGACCUGGGAAAUUUUGGUUUCUUAAAUCACACAAGUAAACCAUGGGAGUGUAGCUCAGGGGUACUUAUUUCAGUGCCCUACUUCCCCUUAAAAGAGCGAUGGGUGCAGUUUUCCAAGGUAGUGGACGUAGGCAUUCUGUUGCCGACAACAACAAUUGUUGCCUACUAUAAUUGCUUCAGUAGGCAUAUUUUGUCCGGCGUGAGGUUUCUUGUCAACUCUCACCUUGCCCGAACUAGUCAUCCCAACACCUGAGUGACUUGCCUCGUGAUCUUGCGCCAGGCGUUCGAAACAUUCUACGCGACACCACGCACCUGAUUCCUCUCUAAUACAUUCUCUAAGUCCAUUCAACCUCGCAGGCCGGUUUUUUGCAGUGCCGUGGACUGGUCUUUAAAAUCAACGGUACGCAACUUUUAGGGCCUGGUUUUUCCGUUCGGGUGGCUUUUUGACCUUAAAAAACAAUGCGCUCCGCUUUGCCCAUGCAUCUCGUAAUCGGACCAUUGAUUGUUGUUACUCUUCAGGUCGUGACCUGCUCACUAGGACGAAGAAAGAAAUGGACCGCGUCUACCAGAAGUACAAUCGUCUCCUGCACUCUCCGACCCUAAAAACUUUUUCCGAGGAUAAAAAGCGACUUGCCGGCGAGUACCUUAAGACCGUUGUUCGGACCCAACACUCUCUCGCCGAUGAAGUGUGGAAGAAGAAAGAACAAGAAUUGCAGAAUUCGUAA